GAUCAAUCAAAUACUGAACAAUUAAAGUUCAGCGAAUGCUUGUGGAUCUGCGCGAAGCCGUUAAAUAGUUUCGAGCGAACGUAUCACUACCUUUUCACUAACUUUGACAAAGUCUGUGAAAAACUUGAAAAAUCAGCACACUGCUCUCGAAAAUGCCAAAUGAAAGAUCAAGGAAUUUUCUAUCAAUAUUCAACAUUUUAUCGCCUUCAUUGUAUUGAAUUUGAGGAAGGUUUGAAUCUUAUAAAAAUUAAAAAAAGGUUUGAAGAUUUAAAAAGUAUCUUUUCAAUUUUUUGCUCAGAAUUCAAUGAUGCGAGUAAAUUACAGAACUUGAGAAACAUAGUGGAUUGCUUCAUUGAUCUGAGCCAAAUUUAUGAAGAAGAAAAACAGAGAAGUGAACGUUGCAGGUUGAUAAUUAAAUUUCCAUCUAUUUUGCAAUUUUUUUCAACAGUCGGCACCACUUUUAUUUGGAUUUAA